UCCGCCAUUUUGUUGCCUCCAUUUCUCCACGAGGGGGGUUAAAGGCCCCCAAAAUAUGCAAAGGCCAAAAAGUAACCGUCACUGACAGGGAGUCUAAACGAGAGGAGGAGACGGCACCAAACUGGCGGGUCCGGCAAGAGCGCCACCGGCGGCGUCCCGGACGAGGAGUGAUUUUUAGAGAAAGAGGAAGGGAGAGUGAGAGAGAAACAUCGAUGACGUUGAUGUGAGAGCGUGACAUCAAUCAGCUGGCUGCCUCCUGCACAACCCCCACAGGGAUGGAGCCCACAACCCGGGCAUGUGCCCUUGAGCUGGCAACCUCCCAGGACACUGGACGACGCCCAGCCAACUGAACCACACAGGACAGGGCUCUUAGAUUACAUCUUUUAUCUGCUUCCUGAAAACUUCUGUUCCUAUGCAUAAAGAUGUCUUUGGUGGACUUGGGGAAGAGAUUGCUAGAAGCAGCAAGAAAAGGCCAAGAUGAUGAAGUGAGGACAUUGAUGGCAAAUGGUGCCCCGUUCACCACCGACUGGCUUGGAACGUCACCCCUCCACCUUGCAGCCCAGUAUGGUCAUUAUUCCACAGCAGAAGUGCUCCUUCGAGCAGGCGUUAGCAGGGAUGCCCGAACCAAAGUGGACAGGACCCCCUUGCACAUGGCUGCAGCUGAUGGACAUGCACACAUCGUGGAACUGCUCGUUAGGAAUGGUGCAGAUGUGAAUGCCAAGGAUAUGCUGAAGAUGACAGCUUUGCAUUGGGCCACAGAAUACCACCAUCGAGAUGUUGUAGAGCUGCUUAUCAAAUAUGGAGCUGAUGUCCAUGCUUUCAGCAAGUUUGAUAAAUCUGCCUUUGACAUAGCCCUGGAGAAGAACAAUGCUGAGAUCCUGGUCAUCCUCCAGGAAGCAAUGCAGAAUCAGGUGAAUGCUAAUCCCGAAAGAGCCAACCCUGUGACUGUGGCUGCCCCGUUUAUCUUCACGGCAGGAGAAGUUGUCAACCUCGCUAGCCUUGUUUCUUCAACCAACACCAAGACAACCUCAGGUGACCCCCAUGCCUCCUCAACAGUACACUUCUCAAAUUCUACCACCUCAGUGCUGGCCACCCUUGCAGCUCUUGCUGAGGCAACAGCUCCCCUCUCCAACUCACACAGAGCCACAGCUAAUUCAGAGGAAAUCAUAGAAGGAAAUUCUGUUGACUCAUCAAUCCAGCAAGUGGUGGGGAGUGGAGGCCAGAGGGUGAUCACCAUAGUGACCGACGGAGUGCCUCUGGGUAAUAUCCAAACUGCAAUUCCCACUGGAGGCAUUGGCCAGCCAUUUAUUGUAACUGUGCAAGAUGGACAGCAAGUUCUAACUGUACCUGCUGGUCAGGUUGCAGAGGAGACUAUAAUUGAAGAAGAAGAGGAAGAAGAAGACGAGAAGUUGCCAUUGACUAAGAAGCCAAAGGUAGAAGAGAUGACAGACAGUGUGGAGGAGAACAAGGAAGGCACAGAAAGAGAGCUACUACAGCAGCAGCUCCAGGAGGCCAAUCGAAGAGCCCAGGAAUACCGACACCAGCUCCUCAAGAAAGAGCAGGAGGCAGAACAGUACCGCCUCAAGCUGGAGGCCAUGGCCCGACAACAGCCCAAUGGAGUUGAUUUCACCAUGGUUGAAGAGGUGGCUGAGGUGGAUGCUGUAGUGGUCACAGAGGGGGAGAUGGAAGAGAGAGAGAUGGAAGUGACUGGGGCAGGAGGGACCACAGAGCCUCAUCAUGGAGUUUCCAUAGAAACUGUUUCAUCUUAACGUACAAGGGCCACAAUUUGUACUACGUCCAUUUUUUUUCUCUUUUUAAAAGAAAAUACAGAGGACAAACCUUGUUUAAAAAUUAAGAAUUUCCUUAAGAAGAAAACUGUAGCAGGGUAUAAUGCUUGGGCUCAGGAAGGCUCUCUAUGCAACUGGAAAAAUCAAAGCCAAAUUUAGGGAACACUUCUUCUGAGAGACCAAAAAAAUAAGGACCAAAUUUCCCAGCUUACAUCAUUGCUUUAAGCGUAGAGGUAAAAGAAUGCUGCAUGUUGUAGGUUGGUUGGUUGUUGCAAUAACUGACUUUUUAUCAAAAGAUUUUACUUUCUGUCAAAAAAUUUUUCUAAGAUAACAUUCCUAAUAUGGACCCACCCAGAUCCUUUAAUAGUUGCACCAUCAAGUGCCCUGAAAAUUUGCCUUACAUAUAUGAUGUACUAUGUCUGUUACAGAAGAAAACUAAUUGGGAGGCAGGUUAGGAGCAAGCUUUGGGGAAGAGAAAGGAAUAUAUUCCACUUCCAAAGGAGCAAGCGAUCCCCCUAUUCAGUUAAUUUCACUGAAAAUAAUCUGUGAUUGCCUGACUAAAUUUGCAUCCAUUGUGUGUCCAUAGCUCAGCUGCCAGUUUAAGAAACAGAAAUAUAAUUUUUUAAAACUGGAAAGAAAAGUCGUUUAUGUGAAAAAGUGUAUAUAAAUCCAAAAUCCUCCAGGCUGUGCUUUCACAAUGCUGGAAAGUGGCCAGAAAGAGGCUCCUUGGGGUUAUGAAACAACCUGGUGUUGAGAUACAAACUUUGCUCUGGCUGGAUUUUACAAAAUUGCAAUCAGGAUGAUAGUCUGUUGUUAGAACAACUUGCUUCCAAACAUUUAUUUAUGUAAUAUCAAGCUUUAAUAGCAAUUCUUUAACUUUAUAAAAUUUUGUUGAGUUUUCUAAAUGUGCCUUUCUGUAGCACUUACAUCCUCUUCUAUGCAAUAAAGGAAGGGGGAGAGAGA